UUGUUAAUAAAAAAAAAAUCGAAUACAGUGACGGCGGUAUCGUCAGCGGAGAAGGGAUCGUGUCCCCCGACUUUAUCUGUGGAUAUUUGCGACGCAUCUUGUGGACUCACACAUCCCUGUAACACAACACAAAUCUGCUGUCCAACAGCCUGUGGCGGAGCGAUGUGUGUUGACCCCAUGACAACCAGACAUUUUGUGACAUUGGAGAAACCAGGUAAUUGCCCCGAAUAUCCCCGGGGGGUUUGGAUAUGCAGUCAUACGUGUACUGGAGACUCUGAUUGUCCCCGGACACUUAAGUGCUGCCCGAAUAGAUGUGGAGCUUUCACUUGCCAACGACCAGAAGGAUUACCUUUACCACCUCAUGUAUAA